UUCAUGGCAAGCCAGAAGGAUUACGUGAGAUGGCCGGCACAAUACUCUCAUGGUGCAAGCUGGUGGACGCUGGGUGACAACUGGGAGUCCACAGUGUUGUUCUUCACAAUGUAUUUCCAGUUCAUCACGUCCGCAUUCGUGUUCUCGUUUGGCUCCAAGUUUCGAAAGACCGUAUUCAAAAACCUCUCUUUGAUGGUUUCGUACUGGUCAUUGAUCGCUGUGUGCUCUUGUCUACUGCUUCUUCCUCACAACAAGUUCACGGAAGUAUGGCACGUUGCAAGCGAGCAAUUCAACCAUGCAAACCCCGCCUCUCCAGUUUGGGCGUCUUACCAGAAAAAUGGUGGACAGCCUUCGCCGGCCAUGAGCUUUGAUUUCCGUUUCAAGCUAUGGUGGAUCAUUCUCGCGAGUCUCGCCGUCAAUAUAGCUUGGCAAAAGGUCGUAGUGGAAGGCCCACUGGCACGGAUUUUAGCUGCAAAGUAUCCCUCAAAGCGACAAAAGCUACACAUUUAGAGUAUAUUUUUAGAAUCGCCAAGAAUGUACGGUACCAAAAAUUUAAAUCUGAAGGGCAAACGCCAUCUUGAAUUCGUUGGUUAAGCA